AUGCUGAAGGCAAACACUUUCAGUUUGCUCCCCCCUUCUUCCACCACUCCAAAUGGUACCCUUUUGUGCAACGGCAAGCCUGCCAGGGAUAGGAACAGAAAGGUGGCGCCCAUGAUAACAGUGAGAAAUUUGUAUCCUUCUAAUCUACUGACCAAAUGUUGGGUAGCUGAGGCCGGUCACCUGCUUAAAACCUUGAACAGCAGGUGGUUGACCAUGUUGGACAUCUUGUAUGCCGAGAAGCUUUGCAUCCAUGACUGGCCCGCCGGUGUUCCCCCGCCCGGCCCCGAUUUUGAUCUAAAGGCUUUAUCUGCAAGUCAACUAUGUGUGAUGGUGGCUCCAUAUCUCAGGAUUCAUCUUGGAGCAAUGUAUGAGGCCAAGUUAGGUCUUGAUGAUGAUGAUGACGACAGCAAGGCGGAGGCAGCGAAGGCGAAGGCGAAGAAGCACAAAGGCAAGCCCAAGAAGUCAGGUGACAAGGGAAGGAAGAAGGGGCCGACAGUACAGGAGCCAAGUGUUGUAUUGCAUAUCAGUGGAUGGCCUGAAAGUGAUAUUAUUGCUCUUGAGACACAGGCCACAAACAUGUGCCUCAUCCCACUUGUCUUCAACACUGACGGCAGGGUCGUUCACUCCCUCCAAGACUCAGAGAAGUUCGUCAAGGACCUUCCACAAGACAACACUGUUAGACACCACACCAAUCAGGAAGCCCCACACUUGUGUCAUCCUACUGACCGAGUCUUUGAGGAGCUCCCGCCUUCAUCACCACCAACACCAUCUUCGCAGUUCUCGUCUCCCCCUCCUAUUUCACGCCAAUCAAGUCCUGUGCCACCCUUGGAUUAUUCGCACAUCCAGGACACGACAUAUUCCUCCUGCUCUCGAUACAAGUGUUCACACGAAGAAGCACUUCGAUAUCAGCAUCCAUAUGACGAUGUUAUGCCAACCUAUAAUCCAGAUACUCGCAAACGGACUCGACCUCGUUAUGAAUCUGCUUGGGAGACUGAAGACUUGGAGCGUGAAAUGGUAGAGGAGAGGCACCAUGCCAGGGUGCAUGACAAUUCCCGUAUACUGUCAGGCCAAGCCCAAUCGCAGGCACAUUCUCUCGUCAAGCAAAGCAUAUCACAUCCCAUCUAUUUCUCAUACAACCAUAUCCAUUUCACCCCGUCUAUUUCUCGUGGAAUGUUGAAGCCUGAAGACAAAUCAGUCUGGAGUAUGGACGUCGAUUCGGACAUCAUAACCAUUCAUUAUUGUUCGCUCCAGGAGAUACCAUCAGUCUGGAGUAUGGACGUUGAUUUGGACGUCAUAAUGGUUCAUGAGAUACCAUCAGUCUGGAGUAUGGUCGUCGAUUCGGACGUUGAGACACCACUAAAGCCAGAGGAGGGAUCAGACGGAUGCAUGAAUGUUGAUGGAGAUGUCAUAAUGGAAAUACUUAAGCCGGAGGACGAAUAG